AGAACAGCUGUUGCUUGUGAUUUGACGUUUGGUUUGAUUUGCUUGUGUUUACUGAGAAGUGCUGUUUUUUAUAUCUAUUUGUGAAGAGCUAAAUAUUGAAAAUGCUAUGUUUAAAGAAUUACGGGUCAUCGUCAGAAAGUGAUUCAGAGACGGAGGAGCAUGCUAAAGUUGCUGAUUCUGCGUCCGCAAGUAAAGAUGAAAUGGCGCAUCUGAAACCUGUCGACCCAGCGCAAUCAAUUGCCAAAACGCUUGCUGUGUGCGCCGCACCAGAAGUUGUACCGAUGAAUGCAUGUGAUGUACAACGUACCAUUGAUCCAACCGUAAAGGAAGUGACUUAUAAUCCUAAAUAUGAAGAAUUAUAUGCACCCAUUCAAGGUCCAGAAAAUCCAAAUUUAACACAACAAAUGCGUGCACCACGCAACACACUAUCCGGAUAUGUUGAGAAAGCACAUAUUAAUGCAUUUGAAUUUGAAAAUCAGCGACGUACAUUCCAUACAUAUGGUUAUGCAUUAGAUCCAACCGUCGAUGAAGUGGCAGAUGGACAAAGUUUUGUAGGUGACCUGCAAUCGGCAUAUGAUGAUGAUGGAAAAACUGUAUUUGAAUCGGCAAAGCAAAAAAGAAAACGUAAACAAGACAAAAAUGACAAUCCCGAAGAUAUUGAAGGUUUCGUAGGACCGUGGGGCAAGUAUGAGAAUGAACAACCAGUAGCACGUCCAAAUGAACAAGAGAAAGCAGAGUUAGAGGAAAUUUUGGCAAAACGACACAGACGCAAUCGUAUUGUGGAAGAUAAACCUCUGGAGGAGAAAUCUGUGCUGCAUAUUAAGGAUGCCUACGAUUACCAAGGACGCUCUUAUCUACAUGCACCACACGAUUUGGGUAUCAAUUUACGCUCCAAUUCAGCGCCAAACAAAUGUUUCCUGCCCAAGGCACACAUACACACAUGGACUGGUCAUACAAAGGGAAUUUCCUCAAUACGUUGGUUUCCACAAACCGCUCAUUUGUUACUUUCGGGCUCGAUGGAUUGUCGCGUCAAGUUAUGGGAAGUUUUUGGUGAACGACGCUGCAUACGAACAUUCUCAGGUCAUAGACAAGCUAUCAAAGAUAUUGCUUGGAAUAAUAAAGGCACUAAAUUCCUUUCUGCUUCAUACGAUCGUUACAUAAAAUUGUGGGAUGCAGAGACAGGCGAUGUAGUAUCACGAUUUACAGCACGGAAAAUGCCAUUCUGCGUUAAGUUUCAUCCGGACAAUAAUAAACAGCACCUCUUUGUAGCAGGCACAUCUGACAAAAAAAUCAUUUGUUGGGACACACGCAGCGGUGAUAUUGUGCAGGAAUAUGAUCGCCAUUUAGGCGCUGUCAAUACGAUAACAUUCGUGGACGAGAAUCGUCGUUUCGUUACUACCUCUGAUGACAAAUCGAUGCGUAUUUGGGAAUGGGAUAUUCCAGUCGAUAUGAAAUACAUCGCCGAUCCUACAAUGCAUUCCAUGCCUGCCGUGACUUUAGCACCAAAUGGUAAAUGGUUGGCAUGUCAAUCGCUGGAUAAUAAAAUCGUCAUCUUUUCUGCACUAAAUCGUUUCAAAAUGAAUCGCAAGAAGACGUUUAGUGGCCAUAUGGUCUCUGGAUAUGCCUGUCAAUUGGAUUUCUCGCCAGAUAUGAGUUAUUUGGUUAGCGGAGAUGGUGAUGGCAAAUGUUACAUUUGGGAUUGGAAGACGACGAAAAUGUAUAAAAAGUGGCAAGCUCAUGAAGGUGUAUGCAUCAGUACAUUGUGGCAUCCACAUGAACCCAGCAAAGUAGUCACGGCAGGCUGGGAUGGCCUAAUCAAGUACUGGGAUUAAAUAAUAGAUUAAUUAAUUAAGAAAAGGACGCGCUGAAUGUAAAAUUAUUUUCUACAGUACAUAUGUAUGUAU